CACGUGCGGCGCACAGGACGCAGGGGAACAGCAGCAGUAGGGUGGCGGCGCUGGGGCGCUCUCCGCUCUGCUCACUAGGAGGAGGGGCCGGAAGGCGAGAGCCGGCUGGGCCGGGCGGAGAAGCGAAGCGGGGUACUUCUGCACAUGGCCCCACGACAUGAGCUGCCCGCCAGCGGUUCUCCUUUUCGCCUAGGGCAGCGGAAGGAGCUUCUAACACCCCCGGCCUUGCUGAAGACUUUUGCAGAAUGUCCAGGGAGUUGUUCCUUGGUGUUUAGCUCACCAUCUUUGCAGCAACUGGAUACUCAGCUUUCCAACAUCCAAGAAGUACCCGCACGUCUGCAUCUCCUGGGAUCGUUCUAUUGCAUUGGGACUGCUGAGCUGAAUACAUUUCUUGUUCAUUAGCGGCAGCGUUAAUUAAACGUGCUGCUUCUCCCUCUUCUGGAGCUUGGGGUCGCCUUUAUCUCUCGUUUCCAUUUCCCCCAGACAUCAAAGCAGUAAUGGGUUGUUUCUGUGCUGUCCCGGAGGAAUUUUAUUGUGAGGUUUUGCUUCUGGAUGAAUCCAAGUUGACCCUGACCACCCAACAGCAGGGGAUAAAGAAGUCAACGAAAGGGUCGGUUGUCCUGGGCUAUGUAUUCCGUCACCUAAACCUCGUGGAGAUAGAUUACUUUGGACUGCGUUAUUGUGACAGAAGUCAUCAGACGUACUGGCUGGAUCCUGCAAAGACCCUUGCAGAACAUAAGGAAUUGAUAAACACUGGGCCACCAUAUACUCUAUAUUUUGGUGUUAAAUUCUAUGCAGAAGAUCCAUGCAAACUUAAGGAAGAAAUAACCAGGUAUCAAUUUUUUUUGCAGGUGAAGCAAGAUGUUUUGCAAGGUCGCAUGCCCUGUCCCAUCAACAUUGCAGCUCAGCUGGGAGCAUAUGCAAUUCAGUCUGAGCUGGGAGACUAUGACCCAUAUAAGCACACUGCAGGUUAUGUGUCAGAAUACCGAUUUGUUCCAGACCAGAAGGAAGAACUGGAAGAUGCAAUAGAACGGAUACACAAAACUCUGAUGGGUCAGGUUCCUGCUGAGGCAGAGCUGAAUUACUUAGGAGUGGCCAAAUCACUGGAAAUGUAUGGAGUAGAUCUCCAUCCUGUCUAUGGUGAAAACAAGUCUGAAUAUUUUUUAGGAUUAACACCUGUAGGAGUUGUUGUUUACAAGAAUAAAAAACAAGUAGGGAAGUAUUUCUGGCCUAGAAUUACAAAGGUUCACUUCAAGGAAAUGCAGUUUGAACUUAGAGUGCUGGGAAAAGAUUGCAAUGAAACGUCCUUCUUUUUUGAAGCACGUAACAAAACCACAUGUAAACAUCUUUGGAAAUGCUGUGUAGAGCACCAUACGUUCUUCAGAAUGCCGGAAAAUGAAUCAAACUCUCUGUCAAGAAAAUUCAGCAAGUUUGGAUCCAUAGGCUAUAAACAUCGGUACAGUGGCAGGACAGCUUUGCAGAUGAGCAGAGAACUUUCAGUCCAGCUUCCUCGGCCUGACCAAAAUGUUGAAAGAAGUCGUAGUAAGACUUAUCCAAAAAGAAAUGCACAAACGCAACAGACUGGAUCCAAAAGCAUAAAUCAGGUUACCGCAAAUAUGGAAAAUGUGGAAAAAGAAGGAACCACUAAAAUUAUUGUACCUUCCCCAGUAAAAAGCUUUAAAAAGGCAAAAAGUGAAAAUAGUCCAGAAACCCAAAGAAGUAAAAUAAGUGCACCAUGGGAGGAAAAUGGCCCCCAGAGUGGACUGUAUAAUUCUCCCAAUGACUGCAAUAAAUCACCAAAAUUUCCUUACUCUCGACGACGUAACCCAUCAGGUGGCAGUGAAAAUGAAUCUGGGCAACACGCUAGAAGAAGGAAAGCCCAGAACAGUGGUGAAGAUUCAGAUCUAAAGCAAAGGAGAAGGUCACGAUCUCGUUGUAAUACCAGCAGUGGUAGUGAGUCAGAAAAUUCUAACCGGGAGCAUCGGAAGAAGAGAAACAGGUUACGGCAGGAGAAUGACAUGGUGGAUUCAGCUCCUCAGUGGGAAGCAGUACUGAGACAACAAAAAGAGAAAAACCAGGCUGAUCCCAACUACAGGCGAUCCAGGCACAGAUCUCGAUCGAGAAGCCCAGAUGUACAAGCAAAGGAAGAGUUAUGGAAACAUAUUCAGAAGGAACUUGUGGAUCCAUCUGGGCUGUCGGAGGAGCAGCUGAAAGAGAUUCCAUACACCAAAAUAGAGACUCAAGGUGACCCAAUCCGCAUUAGACAUUCACAUUCCCCCCGAAGCUACCGGCAGUACCGGCGGUCCCAGUGUUCUGAUGGCGAGAGAUCUGUUCUGUCUGAAGUGAAUGCAAAAACAGACCUUGUGCCUCCAUUGCCUGUGACUCGUUCCUCAGAUGCUCAGGGUCCCAGCAUUCCAGCUUCACAACAGAGGCGAAAUGGGUCCAAAGAUAGCCUGACAGAAGAAAAAUCUCAGAUAUCGAGCCUGGAUGGAAAAAAUAGUGCAAAGACAAUAAAAACUGUACAUGCAUCACGCCUCAAAAUAGAGACUUGAUUGCUAUAACGGAGUUCCUUUGAAAUUGGGAAUUACACAACAGUUCAGAUACUCUUUAGCUGGAAAAUGUUUCUUUGGCAUAAGAAAAGAAGAAAAAUGUAAACUGGAGUGGUGGUAAUUUCCUUAAAUUUAAAACUCCAACCUGCUUGCUCUGAAGAGUAAUCAUUGUUUUCAUCACUGGUUACAGUUGCUUACGUGAUUGCAAAGAAGUUGACUGGUUAGACAGUUGGAAGGAAAAGUCUUACUACAAUUCAACAAUUGCCAGAUACUGUAUUUUCAAAAGAGGAACAGAGGAACUGUCAUGACAGAUCAGACCUUGGUCUAAUUCAUUCAGAUGCCUGUUUCCAAGAGGCCAAGACCGGAUGCUUCAGGGGAAGGGGUAAAACCCUCAUCAUACACUUGGCCAAUUGUGCAAUACUAUAUAAUAGUGAGGAAAUGUCUUCCUGACUCCAUAUGACGAUCAGCUUAUACUCUGAAGCAUAAUAGCUGUUAUGUUUAUUUUAGCCUAAUGCAACUGCAGAGACUGUUCUUGUUCAUACAAAUGUUGAAUCCAUGUUUAGAUAAUUGCCACAAUCGUAUCUUGUGGCACUGAGUGUCCUGUAAAAAUGCAUUUCCUUUUCAUUUUAAAUAUCCUCUUAUUGUAUUGUGACAGUACUUGAUUAGCUUUCUCUGUACUACUAUUUUAUACACCCCUACCACAUCUCUUAAUUGCGUAAUAAGACUGCCUAGUACACACAGACUUUAAAUGCUGGCUGGACAAAAUUGUACUAUAAACCUUGGAAACACUUCAAAGUGGCUACCUAAGAUGGGGUUGGCUAACAGUUGGUUCUUUGGUGCAGGCUUCAUUGAGCUAGUCUUUUUAAGCUUUUCUCAUAUGAAAUCCCCCAAUAAUUCUAAUCAUUUUUAGUGCCCUUCUCUGGACUGUUUCUUCUGCUCACUCAUUUCUGAGAUAAGGUGACCAAAACUGAAUGCAAUAUGCAAAGUGAAGACAAUAUCACUGAAUUAUCUAGUGGCAUCUUUUACUCUAUAUUCGCUUUGUAAAACAGUGUAACAUCUUACUUGCUUUUUUGUCUGCUGUUGCAUGUUAAGCAUAUUAUCUUCAAUGAGCUGUUCACACUGAUGCAUGGAUCUUCUGCUGAGAGGUUAUGUCUAAUUUAGAACCCAUCAUUGCUUCUUUGAAUGUGCUUUACCUUGCACUUGUCAACAUUGAAUUUCAUCUACUAUUGUACUAACCAGUUUCCUGUGUCAGCUAGGCUGUUAUGGAGCCAAGCAAAAUCCUUCUCAGGCCUAUAAGUAAUUUUUUAUAUAUUUUCUAGCCCACUAACAGUCUGGCAGAGGUUGUCUAACCACAUUGUACACUACUUGUUCUACUACUGUUUGCUCAGUCUACUCUUCCAUACUGAUAAGUGGCUAUUUAGCCCUACUUUUCUAUGCUAUUGUUUAAAUCAGUUUUUAAUCUCUAACAGGCCUUUACCUCUUAUCCUGCACUUACCAAGUUUCCUCAAGCACCUCUUGAGAGGGACUUCAUCAGAAGACUUGGGAAAGACUAACUAAUUUGUCAAGAGACAAGGUGGAUGAGGUAGUAUCUUUUACUGGACUAACUUCUGUUGGUGAAAGAGACGAGCUUUCGAGCUACACAGACUCCCAUAGGAUGUCCUCUCUAUUCACUGAGAGUGAGUGGUGCAUCAUGGGAACUAUAGUCCAGCCAGAAAGCCUGCCCCAGAGGACAAUGGGAGUACAAAGCGCCUAAACUACAAUUCCUGGUGCAAUGCAUUGUGGCAUCAGCUUGAAUUAGAAAUGUUAUCUUUCAGCAAACUAUUUUGGCCAAAAGUGGAAACUUUCAGGGGCCAGGGGAGAAGGGAGGAAAAGAUCCUCUUUUCUGACCAGAUUUUAAUAUUUGUAGAUUCUUCAUUCUUCGUUCCUUUAGAAUGAUGAAUGCCAUCCAGUACAGUGUUGUUUGUAUUGUGUCAAUCCUAAUGAGGAUCAGACUCACUCUGUGGUAGGUACUAUACUAUCACACAAUCCCUACCUCCAUAGAAUUUCAGUCAAAUCUGCUAUGAAUUUUUUCCCCAGUAUUUCUAUUUUUGACAUUGCUUCACCUUCACUACUGGUGUACAGUAAUCCUCGGAUAAAUAUUACCAGUGUCCAGUAUUUCUUUGCAAGUGUGAAAUAACAAAACAAACAAAAACAGCCUGUAAAAUAAAAAUGGAAAAUCCUGCAGCAGUGGUAACUGUCCUGUGAGACUGAAUCCAGCCCUCCCACACCAGGUGUUGUGACCUGCGGUUUGACUCACUGCCAUUUGGCUCAGUCGCUGCCCUCUCCCCUGCACCAUCAGAGGGGCAGCCAGGCCAAAUCUAAGCAGUGAUGUGACCUUAAGUGCCAGGGCACAAUGCCCAGAGCAGAGAGUUGGGCCCACCCCAGCAGGAAAGGAGCCGCUAGCUGCAUGCAGGACAGGCUCACUCUGCAAUCCCCUCCCCCCGUUUCCAGGCCUCCCACAGUAAAAUGAAAUUCCCCCCAAACCCUGCAAAGUUAUAAAAAUAAUAUCAUCCCAGGGCUCUAGAUAUUCUCUCGUCCCUUGUGGUGAAGACUAAUAUAAAAGCACUAUUUAGUUUCCCUGCAGUUUCCUUAUGCUUUUUGAACCUCAUUUAGACUGGCACUCACACAGAAUUGGGCUAAAACAUUUUUAAACGUGGCUCAGCUUUGUUUACGGUGCGUGGUCAAACUGUUUUUAAAGGCUGUUUAAUAAGAUUUCUCACUGUUGCAAUCUGCUUCUUUGGCAAUACAGACAGAGACAGUCAUUGUUCUCUUUUACACUCUGAUGGCCUACAGGACCCAAUACCACUGUCAGCAUACUACUAUUCUGAUGAAUCUAAAGAACUACAUUACCAAAAAAAAACAACCCUUACUGAAGUUUUGUGGCAUAGUACCACUUCUUGGAAUGCUCCCAAGGAUAUCAAAAUUAUGACUAACCAUAUUUAAUCCUAAGUAACACACCGGAAUUGAUUCAGGAAUGUACUGUAAAUCAAGAUACACCUCACCUCUUGUUUGUUCUAGAAUAAGCUGUUCUGAGGAGCAAUUCUCCACGAUGUGUUUGCAGUGAUGUUUAUUCAUUGCCCAUUAUUACUGGUAUUUUGUUACUUCCCUGAUGUUUCUCAUCAUUCUGACUUCUUAACUGAGAUAUAAUCUGGUAAAACAUCCCUAUUACUGUACAGUACUUGUACUUUUAUGACCUGAAUUUUGUAUCUGCACAGAUUUCACAUCCUGGCACUCUUCAGUCUACGGCAUUCUGUAUUCCUACACAUUUGACCUAAUUUCUCUUUCCUGUCUAGUGUAGUUUAUGGGUUUUGUAGUUUCUAAGCACUCCCAGCAAGAAAUCGUGCUAUUUCAUUUAUUCCAUGAUGUGUCAGAAAUGCUAGGCUUUCUGGCUUCACCAUUUUUUUAUUUAUGCUUCUUGAUAGCUGUAUUCUCAUUUGUAAGGUGUGCAUAUUAUUAUGUACCUCAUCUAUGACUGAAAAUUGUUUCAACUGUACUUCUAAUGUACUUAGCAGGUUUUACUGUGUACCUUGUUUACUUCUCAUUAGCUGCCAUCUUAGUCAUAGCUUAUUUUAAGCAAUCCUUUAAAACCUAGCUAACUUUAUGUACUGGCAGUCUUUUCCCCUUUGGAUAAAGAGGAAACCAUCCAUUCCUCAAGGACUAAUAUACUUAACCUCCUAUUCUCAAAUCUCUUUUCUCAUUCACACAUUGAAAUAAUAAUUCCACAUUGAAACAGCUUAGUUAAUAGAAUAAGAGCGAAAGCUAAGGUAGAGGUCCUGGAUUUAAACUACUGAUCUUAUUUCCAAUUAGAAGGUUCAGUUCUUAAUGACAAAUACUACUUUUUCCUAGAGUUAGCAUGAUUAGACACGGUGCAAUUUUGGCUACAUAUUGGGGAAAAAAUAAGAAUUAUAUACAAAUGAUGGUUACACUGAAAAUAAUUCAUUUAUUCAGAUAUAUAAACUGAAAAAUCAAACACUUGUUCUGACUGCCAGAAGCAAGCAGAGACCAUAGUAGUAGCACUGUAUCCUCUUAUUAUAUAACACAAGGUAAAAAUUCUCCAUUCUGUAGUCACUUGGAUUUAAGUUGCUUUACAUCAGAUCGUUUGCAGAAAAUGCCGAUUUAGUUAUAUAACAUCCUUUAACAAACAGGACCUUUCAAAGGUGCUAAUCACCAGAACCACUUACUGUAUUGCUGCUGUAUAUUUAAGCUGGGCAGAAUUUGAUUUUUUUUUUUUAUAACUUUAACAGAUAUUAUUAUUUUAUGCAUUUUCCCUAUUUGUAUUUUAAAUUUUCAGUUAUGGAAAAUUAUGGGGAUGGUGAGAAUAUUUAAUGACAGCAGACACUGAGAUUCAAAAAGUUAGUUAUUUUAUAAACCAUUAAAACAAAUUGUCAG